CUUCCACAGCUCUUUCAAUUUUUGUCCAUUCAUCUUCUGUUUGAUUCUUCAAAACAGUUCUCAAAUUCUCUUCCUUCUUUUUUGCUGAUUCUCUCUCGUUCUUACCUUCUUGUUUUUUGGGUUUUGUGUGCUUGAUUUCGAGGGUUUUGCGAGGGAGGUGAUUGUUUUCUUUGUUGAUUUCUUUCGGUGGUGUUUGAAGAUGACGACCAUGGAGAGUUUGAUUGGGCUGGUGAAUCGGAUCCAGAGAGCUUGUACUAUGCUCGGUGACUAUGGCGGUGCUUGUACUAUGCUCGGUGACUAUGGCGGUGGUGAUAACGCCUUUUCUUCUCUCUGGGAAGCCCUUCCCUCUGUUGCUGUUGUCGGUGGACAGAGUUCUGGAAAAUCUUCGGUUCUUGAAAGUAUCGUUGGUCGCGAUUUUCUUCCGAGAGGUUCAGGGAUAGUAACGCGGCGGCCAUUAGUAUUGCAGCUUCACAAGACAGAGGAGGGGUCGCAAGAGUAUGCUGAGUUUCUUCACCUUCCCAAGAGGAGAUUUACGGACUUUGCUGCGGUCCGUAAAGAAAUUCAGGAUGAGACCGACAGAGUAACUGGGAGGACAAAGCAGAUAUCCCCAGUUCCUAUCCAUCUUAGCAUUUACUCACCAAAUGUUGUCAACCUAACUCUGAUUGAUUUACCUGGUUUGACAAAAGUUGCAGUAGAGGGACAGCCCGAAAGUAUUGUUCAAGACAUUGAGGUCAUGGUUCGAACUUAUGUUGAGAAGCCUAAUUGCAUUAUUCUUGCCAUUUCUCCUGCCAAUCAAGACAUAGCCACUUCGGAUGCUAUAAAACUUGCCAGGGAAGUGGACCCAUCCGGGGAACGAACUUUUGGAGUGUUGACAAAGCUUGACUUGAUGGACAAAGGAACUAAUGCUUUGGAUGUAUUGGAAGGAAGAUCAUAUCGACUGCAACACCCAUGGGUUGGCAUAGUGAACCGAUCUCAAGCUGACAUAAACAAAAAUGUAGAUAUGAUUAUUGCUAGGCGUAAGGAGCGUGAGUACUUUGCAACUAGUUCUGACUAUGGACACUUAGCAAGUAAAAUGGGUUCAGAGUAUCUCGCAAAGCUCUUAUCAAAGCACUUGGAGUCUGUGAUUAGAGCUCGGAUACCCAGUAUCACUUCUUUGAUUAACAAAAGCAUUGAUGAACUUGAAUCUGAGAUGGAUCAUCUUGGCCGACCCAUUGCUGUCGAUGCUGGGGCUCAAUUGUACACGAUUUUGGAACUUUGCCGUGCUUUUGAUCGGAUUUUUAAGGAGCACCUGGAAGGAGGGCGGCCUGGAGGUGAUCGUAUCUAUGGGGUUUUCGACCACCAGCUUCCUGCUGCUUUGAGAAAGCUUCCCUUCGAUCGCCAUCUUUCCAUGCAGAAUGUGAGAAAAAUUGUCUCGGAGGCAGAUGGUUAUCAACCUCACUUGAUUGCUCCCGAACAAGGUUACCGACGACUAAUCGAGGGAUCUCUGAAUUAUUUCAGGGGGCCAGCUGAGGCUUCUGUGGAUGCUGUUCACUUUGUUUUAAAAGAACUUGUGAGGAAGUCCAUUGGAGAAACACAGGAAUUAAAGCGCUUUCCCACUUUACAAGCUGAGAUAGCUGCUGCUUCAAAUGAGGCCUUGGAAAGAUUUCGUGACGAGAGUAAGAAGACGGUGAUACGUCUCGUUGACAUGGAAUCUUCCUACUUGACUGUGGAUUUCUUUCGAAGACUUCCUCAGGAGAUAGAGAAAGCCGGAGGCCCGGGUGCUGCUGCUGCCGCUGCCCCGACAGGGGAUCGAUACGCAGAGGGUCAUUUUCGGCGGAUAGGAUCAAACGUUUCCUCUUAUGUGGGAAUGGUAUCAGACACUUUAAGAAAUACUAUCCCCAAAGCAGUGGUUUAUUGCCAAGUCAAGGAAGCCAAGCAGUCGUUGCUUAAUCAUUUCUACACGCUCUUAGGGAGAAAAGAGGCCAAGCAGCUUUCUCAAUUACUGGAUGAAGACCCUGCACUAAUGGAGAGAAGGCAGCAAUGUUCAAAGAGGCUCGAGCUCUACAAGGCAGCCAGGGACGAAAUCGAUUCAGUGUCGUGGGCACGUUGACGCCGAUGAGAUAUAUCAGACGCCUUGUAUGAUAUAUAUAUUAUUAACUGAAUUUGUUGGUUUUAUUACUAUUCUUUUGUAGUCAUCUUGUUAUGAUGUAUUUUUAGUUACUGUGAUAAGAAGUUUGGACAAUGGGAUAGAUAUACUUGCUUGAUGUGUAUUGAUAUUGCAUCUCUCAGUGUAAUAUAUUUUUUUAUUGGCCUUCC